AUGAGAACGCGUGCUAGUAUGGCUGCCCAGUAUGCCAGCCCACCAGGACCUCCUCAGUCUAUCCCACAAUCAACAACAGGUCCCGUUCCUGCAGUUUCUGGGUCCCGCUCAACCACUACAAGCCCCUACGCGACUCAAAUGCUUCCCAAUGGACAGUACGUUCCCGCGUACGCGCCCAACGGCGGGUCCGCACAACCCCAAGUCAUGAACGGAUACCCUGCACAAUACUAUAACCCGCCGCCGCAAAUACCACCACACCAGCAACAGCAACAGCACCAGCAACCGCAACAACACCAGCACCAGCACCAACAGCAGCAGUCUCAGCCUCCACGGCCAGGUGUGAUACCCGGACUUCCUCCUCAUUUGCAAAAGACCGGGCCAUAUAUGCCCAUGCCUCAACAACAACAACAGCAGCAGCAUAUUCCACAACAGCUACAACAACCACAACCGCAACAACAGCAACAUCUUCAACAAGUUUCAGCUCCUCAGCAGUAUGCUCCAGUGGUCCACAAUGUGACUGCAAUCCCUAUUAUGACACCUGGGAAUAGUCCACACGCGUUCCAGACCCCUUAUUAUAAUCCAGCAAUGAGACAGCAGACACAGCAGCAGCUGUUACUUGAGCGGCGGCAAAAUGAAGCCCGCAGCGGAGGUACAGCUUAUGGAUACGGGUUGACAGGAGUCCCCACCUUACAGCGAAUCCUUAUGUCUCUGCAGUGCGGGAUUGAGAGCGAGGAAAAAUGGGCGCUGGCGUCGCUUGUGCACACGUCCUUUGCGAGUGCAGAAAAGUUUAGCUUAAAGUACAAUGAUGUGUUGGCCGAUGUGUUGCUCCGCAAAAUUGCGGAAUCCCAUGGAGGAAAGAAAAAUGAAGAUGUUGAGGAUAGCAAAAGUACAGGCACAAUAUUCCCAUUUGACGCGACAUCUGCGUCUGAUGCUAUCCUUGCGACUGAGCAACGAAUUCUUGAAGCUCUUUUGGUGGUACGAAACUUUGCAGUAGAGUCUGAUAAUGCCGAAUAUCUCGGAAAACAAAAGCUAUGCCAGGAGGUCGUGGCCUACGGUCUUGAUACCACCAAUGUUGGUGUGAACAAUGAGUACUUGCACUACUGUGUCGAGAUUCUCGAGUCUGUGAGCUUUUAUAUUAUUGGAAUGACCCUUGAUCACCCACUUUUCCAAUCAGUUGCUAAACUUGUUGCAACUUCGACCGACCGUUCCAUUGCUGUGCCUGCUCUUCGCUCGCUUUCCCGACUCCUGAUCCGCGACGAAAAAAACAUUGCAGGAGAACUUCCGCAAGCUCUGGUGGCACACAUUAUGCGCUACUUACUCACUCGCGAUUAUGAACUUCUCGCAGCAGCCCUCGACUUUUUGUACCAGUACACAGCGCAGCCUGUCAAUGUUUCUAAGCUUGUGAGCGGCGCCGCCGAUACCCCGGCGCCGGCGCCGGUCGCAGCAGUACGCGAGCACCUAGUGCGACUCCUUACUUACGGCAUGACCUCCCCUGAGCCCGUGUAUGUACGCCAGCCAAGACGCACACCCAAACCUGUUCCUGAAAAUCCGCCUGUGUUGGGAGAGUUGGAGUUGCGCGAGUUGCUUUCUUUGAACGAACCUGAUCGUGCCACGCAGUGGAUUCGGACAUGUUACGAAAACGAGGCCACAGGUGAGGUGACACAGAUUUCUUUGUGGAAAGCAUAUGAAGCCCAAUUUGAACCUCAUGCUCGUGCUGGCGGUGUCAGACUUCUUCCAGCUGUUGACUUUAUCAAAAAUGUGACUGCAGCAUUCCAAAACUCAGCUGCAAUGGUUGUCAAUACUCCUGACGGAAAGAAACGGUUCAUCAUUAAGGGAAUCCAGCCCCGAGCAUAUGCUGUAGCGCCGUCACUAUUACGGGCAGCUGCUGCUGGAGGAUCUGGUGUUGGCGAAUCAGGAGAUAAGAAGGGUGGUGAUAAAGCUGCAUCUUCGCGUCCUCCCAUUUUUGGUGCCACUGCAGCUCUUGUAUUGCAAAACAUUGCCCGUAGCAAAGAUGGCAAACGGGUUUUGAAACCUUCCACUGCUGCUCUUGUGCGUGCAGCCCUUAUGAAUCCAGCUGUUUCUGGGUACGUUGGUGAGAUUUUGACACUUCUUGAGACUACUUCAAAAGAUGAGGAGGAAGCAAUGUAA